AUGGCCGCCUCCGCCCCCUCCGAUACCACAUACUUGGCCGUCCCAGGCUCUGUUGCUUUCUCCCGUUCGCGUGGUCAAGCAAUUGCUGCUAGCAUUGGUGCCCAGGAUGUUCGGGCCCAGUGGAUUCACUAUGUCCACACCUCUCAACCGCUGGAUACCUCUAAGCAGGGUGUCUUAGAACAACUCCUCAGAUAUGGCGACAUCACCGACGUGCCUGCAUCAUUCAGCACUGAAGAUGGCGCAUUCGAUGUCUUCUACAUUUUCCCCCGAACCGGAACCAUCUCUCCUUGGUCUUCCCAGGCCACCGGUAUCUCGCACGUCUGUGGCCUCCGCAACCAUGUGAAGCGAAUUGAGCGUGGAAUGAAGAUUUCGUGUUUGCGCAACAGCUCGGAAGAAUACAAGCCUGGCUACCAGGACAUCCUUCACGACCGGAUGACACAGGUCUUCAGCCAGGAGGAGCCUGACCUGCACCUCAUGUUUUCCGAACACUCCCCCCAGCCUCUCGAAACCAUUCGCCUCCACGGCAGCGACAAGUCCCCCAAGGAGACUCUGCAAGAAGCAAACAAGCGUUUGGGUCUGGCUCUGGAGGAAUCGGAAAUCGACUACCUUGCACAGGCCUAUGGCCCUGACGGCCCCCUUGCUCGCGACCCUACCGAUGUCGAGUUGUUCAUGUUUGCCCAGGUUAACUCUGAGCACUGCCGUCACAAGCAGUUCAACGCCGCUUGGGUGAUUGAUGGAACACCCAUGCCAAACAGUCUUUUUGGUAUGAUCCGAAACACACACAAGACCCACCCCGAGUACACCGUCAGCGCCUACAGCGACAAUGCCGCUGUGCUGGAGGGUGACCAUGCCGCUUUCUGGGCCCCCGAUUCCUUCACUGGAGAAUGGAACCACAUCAAGGAGCUCGUUCACUUCUUGGCCAAGGUUGAAACCCACAACCACCCCACUGCAGUCUCUCCGUACCCCGGUGCAGCAACUGGCUCUGGUGGAGAGAUCCGUGAUGAGGGUGCUGUCGGACGCGGUUCGAGACCCAAGGCUGGUCUGGCCGGUUACUGUGUCUCAGACCUCUUGAUUCCUGGCUUGAAGCAGCCCUGGGAACUUGAUGUCGGAAAGCCCAACCACAUCGCUAGCAGUCUGGAUAUCAUGUUGGAGGCCCCCAUCGGUAGUGCCGCCUUUAACAACGAGUUUGGACGCCCAUGCACCGGAGGUUACUUCCGUACCCUACUCACCGAGAUUGAUGUUGGAAAUGGCCAAACCGAACUCAGAGGUUACCACAAGCCCAUCAUGAUUGCUGGUGGUGUCGGAACAGUCCGACCUCAGCAUGCCAUUAAGAAACCGGACGCUGUCAAGCCUGGCGCUUACCUGGUCGUCCUCGGUGGUCCUGCAAUGCUGAUUGGAUUGGGUGGCGGUGCUGCAUCCAGUAUCACUUCUGGUGAAGGAUCUGCAGACUUGGACUUUGCCAGUGUGCAGAGAGGUAACGCUGAAGUCCAGCGAAGAGCCCAGGAAGUUAUCAACGCAUGUGUGGCUAUGGGCAACAACAACCCCAUCAAGUUCAUUCAUGAUGUUGGUGCAGGUGGUCUUUCCAACGCACUUCCUGAAUUGAUCCACGACUCUGGACUGGGCGCCACAUUUGAACUCCGCGAAGUCGACAAUGCUGACCGGAGUAUGAGCCCCAUGCAGAUUUGGUGCUGUGAAGCUCAGGAGCGCUAUGUUAUGGCGGUUGGCGAGGACAGCAUGAACAAGUUCACUGCUAUCGCCCAGCGUGAGCGCUGCGGUUUCUCUGUCGUGGGCCGUGGAGCUGGAGGAUCCGAUGAGGAGAAGAGACUCAUUCUCCUCGACAGAGAAUCUAAGGAAUACCCCAAGCCUAUUGACCUUCCCUUGUCGGUUCUCUUUGGAAAGCCCCCUAAGAUGACCCGGACUGUGGACUCGCGCAAGUUGACCUUGCCUGCGGUGGAUGCUAGUCUCACUAAAUAUCUGCCUUCGCUUGCCGGAAACCACCAUGAGCUUAUUGGCGAGGCUGCCAAGAGAGUUUUGUCUCUCCCAGCAGUUGGCUCUAAGUCCUUCCUGAUCACUAUCGGUGACAGAACCGUCGGAGGUCUUACUGCUCGCGACCAGAUGGUUGGCCCAUGGCAGACUCCUGUGUCUAACGUCUCGGUCACCGCCACCUCCCUGCUCCAGGGAGUUAAGACUGGUGAGGCUAUGGCUAUGGGUGAGAAGCCCAACCUUGCUUUGAUUUCUGCAGGCGCCUCUGCCCGCAUGGCAGUUGCUGAGUCGCUCAUGAACAUCGCUGCUUCCGAUCUGGUUGACCGUCUGAGCCGUGUCAAGUUGUCUGCCAACUGGAUGUCCGCUAGCAGCCACCCUGGAGAGGGUGCCGCUCUCUACGAGGCAGUGGAGGCCAUUGGUAUGGACCUCUGCCCUAAGCUUGGUAUCAGCAUUCCCGUCGGAAAGGACUCUAUGUCCAUGAAGAUGAAGUGGACCGACGAAGCCUCCAAGGAGGCCAAGGAGGUCACUGCUCCCAUGUCUCUGGUCAUCUCUGCUUUUGCUCCUGUUUCCGACUUCCGCAAGACCUGGACUCCCGCACUGCGCCGUGUUGAGGACGUUGGCGAGACAGUCCUCAUGUUUGUUGACCUUUCCUUCGGCCGCAAGACACUGGGUGGCUCUGCUCUUGCCCAGGUUUUCAACCAGGUUGGUGACGAGUGCCCUGAUGUCCGGAACGUCUCAAUCUUCAAGGACUUCUUCGACGCUACACAACAGUUGCAAGAGGCCGGAAUUGUUCUGGCCUACCACGACCGAUCUGACGGUGGUUUGUUCACUACUCUUGCUGAAAUGAUGUUUGCCGGACGAUGCGGUGUUGAAGUCAGCCUUGACACCAUUUGCUCUUCUUCCAACACCCAGAAUGUUGUCGAAACCCUCUUCACUGAGGAAUUGGGAGCUGUCUUCCAGGUCCGCAAGGAACAUGAGAUGCAGUUCCGCUCUUGCUUCGCCACCUGCGGCCCGCCUGCUGGUUUGAUCUUCAAGAUCGGUCGUGUCUCUGAGCAGCCCAAGCAGAACCUUACCAUCUACCGCGGAGCCACCCAGGUUUACCGUAACAGCCGCGCCAGCAUGCAACAGACCUGGGCAAGCACCUCGUACAACAUGCAGAAGAUCCGUGACAAUCCUGCCUGCGCUGAGCAGGAGUUUGCCAACAUUGCCGAUGACAACAAUGCUGGUCUGUCAUGGAACCCCACCUUCGACCCCAAGGACCGGGCCAUGCCUUUCCUCUCCAGCCUCACCUCGAUGUCUCCUUUCAGCAACAAGCCUCGUGUUGCCAUUCUCCGUGAGCAAGGUGUCAACAGUCAGGCUGAGAUGGCCUUUGCCUUCAACGUCGCUGGCUUCUCUGCUGUUGAUGUCCACAUGACUGACGUCAUUGCUGGCCGCGUUUCGCUUGCCAGCUUUGUCGGUCUUGCUGCCUGUGGUGGUUUCUCGUACGGUGAUGUCCUUGGUGCCGGUCAAGGUUGGGCCAAGUCCGUCCUCCUCCACGAGAACACCCGCAAGGAAUUCCAGUCCUUCUUCGAGCGUCCCGACACCUUCGCCUUGGGUGUUUGCAACGGUUGUCAAUUCCUGUCCCGUCUCAAGGAAUUGAUCCCUGGAGCCCAGGGCUGGCCCAGCUUCGAGCGCAACACCAGCGAGCAGUACGAAGGUCGUGUGGCCAUGGUCCGCAUCUCCGACCCCAACCCUUCGAAGCCCAGUGUUUUCCUCCACGGCAUGGACGGCUCCUCGUUCCCCAUCGCUGUGGCUCACGGAGAAGGUCGUGCCUCCUUCGCCCCAUCCUCCAACGUCACCGCUGAGUCGUUCGUUCGCGACGGCCUCGCACCCGUCCAGUACGUCGACAACGACAACCUCGAGCCAACCAUGAAGUACCCCUUCAACCCCAACGGCAGUCCCGAGGGUAUUGCCGGUAUUCGCAGCCCCGACGGCCGUGUCCUGGCCAUCAUGCCUCACCCCGAGCGUACCGUCAUGGGUGGAAUCGCCAGCUACCUGCCUCCCGAUGCCGAGAAGUGGGGAGACGUUGGCCCAUGGGGUCGUGUGUUCUUCAGCGCCAGAAGAUGGGUGGGUUAG